AUGGGCUCAAGGGGGGAAAUGGAGCCAGCAUUUAUUCUGCUUCACUCUCUUUCUGGUUGUUCAUUGUUUAGCAAACAGUACAAGUGGCUGAAGCCAUGGAGAUCAUGCUAAUAGCUGUUGUUUCUCCACUCAUCCGCUGUGAGUGGCAGCUUCAAGACUGGCAGGUGGCUUUAGUGACAACGAUGGUGUUUUUUGGCUAUAUGAUAUUCAGUAUACUCCUUGGAUUGCUAGCUGACAGGUACGGUCGCUGGAAGAUUCUGCUGAUCUCUUUCCUGUGGGGGGCCUAUUUCUCCUUGCUGACAUCAUUUUCUCCAUCCUACAUCUGGUUUGUUUUCCUCCGGGCCAUGGUGGGAUGUGGCGUGUCCGGCCAUGCACAAGGGCUUAUCAUAAAAACUGAAUUUUUGCCUACAAAAUACAGAGGAUAUAUGUUGCCCUUAUCUCAGGUGUUCUGGUUGGCAGGUUCCCUAUUAAUUAUUGGAUUGGCAUCAGUGGUUAACCCAACCAUAGGCUGGCGCUGGCUGAUCCGAAUUGCCUCUAUUCCUGGUGUCAUUCUUAUCCUUGUGUUUAAGUUCAUUCCAGAAUCUGCCCGGUUCAACGUAUCCAUUGGAAAUAACAAAGCGGCCAUUGAAACAUUAGAGCGGAUUGCCAGGAUUAACCGCUCAGUAAUGCCCGAAGGGAUCUUGGUGGAGUCUGUUAAUGAAAGAAGAGGUAGAUUCAAAGACCUGAUGCACCCCAAAUACUUGCGAACCACCUUGCAAAUAUGGAUCAUCUGGCUGGGAAUAGCUUUUGCUUAUUAUGGAGUCAUCCUGGCCAGUGCUGAGUUACUGGAGCGGGACCUGAUUUGUGGCUCUCAGGCAUCAGUAACGGAAGAAUUUGGAGAUCAUUCGCAGGAAAGCCAAAGCCCGUGUCACUGUCGCUUAUUUGCCCCUUCAGAUUACCAGACCAUGAUCAUCAGCACAAUUGGAGAGAUUGCAUUAAAUCCCUUAAAUAUUGUAGGCAUCAAUUUUCUAGGAAGACGACUGAGCCUGUCUAUAACAAUGGGAUGCACUGCUCUGUUUUUCCUGCUCCUCAAUGUCUGCACGACAAGUGCUGGUCUGAUUGGUUUUCUUUUCAUGCUGCGUGCUUUGGUGUCAGCAAACUUCAAUACCAUCUACAUUUACACAGCAGAGGUUUAUCCCACCACUAUGCGAGCACUGGGGAUGGGGACAAGUGGGUCAUUGUGUCGGAUUGGAGCUAUGGUGGCACCAUUUAUAGCACAAGUUCUCAUGAGUGCAUCUUUCCUUGGGGCCCUGUGUCUUUUCUCAGGAGUGUGCAUUGUGUGUGCCAUCUCGGCCUUCACUCUGCCCAUAGAGACCAAAGGAAGGGCACUUCAGCAAAAUAAAUGAAUGCAGAUACCCUGGCUUAGCUCCAGUGGCAGAGAUAAAGGAGCAUUUGGAAUAUUUCCUGAAUUUCAUCUGAGCUGUAUUUUAUGUUGAUUGCUUUUUGAUGCCAUUUCUGGAAAUAGGAGGUAUAAAUAAAUGCAGAUGAAGAGCACACAAUCUACAUUUUCUACAGCACAUAUUUGGAAAAAUUGCCAUUUGUAUUGUUCCUGUGAUUCAAUAAAUAAACGAUCUCUUUCCAUCCCCCACUCCAGCCCCAGCAAGAGGAAGUCUCUUUAUGUACACAGUUAGCGC